UCCCCUUUGCAGCAUCAGUAGCACAGAGCCAGCCUCCAACCAGGCUACGCUAUUCCUGCCUGCUCUGUGCCUUUUUGUAAGGUUGGGAAGAUAGAUUACGCACAAGGACAGCAAAUAAACAGAACCAAAACAAAGCGCUUCGUCUUUCACCGGGGGGGGGAUUCGUCUGUCUUCCGUGCAGGAGCAUCUCUCAUCCGCGCUUAUUCGCGUGAAAAGCGGACAAACAGAGCAGCAUGUCAGCCAGAGGAGGAAAAAAGAAGGCCACCAAGCUGUCCCGUUCAGCCAGGGCAGGUGUCAUCUUUCCUGUGGGAAGGAUGAUGAGGUACCUUCGCACGGGCACACACAAAUACCGCAUUGGCAUGGGGGCACCUGUCUACAUGGCAGCCGUCAUCGAGUACCUGGCAGCUGAGAUCUUGGAGCUGGCAGGAAAUGCAGCACGGGACAACAAGAAAGGCAGAAUAACUCCCAGGCACAUCAAGCUGGCUGUGGCCAAUGAUGAGGAGCUCAACCAGCUGUUGCUGCUUGUUCUCGCAAGAUUUCAGGCACAGUAUGAGAUCGCUGCUUGUUCUCGCGAUAUUUCGGCCCCACUUUGGAAAGCAGAGCUAGAUGGUAAACAAACAUGGCACCACACCGGUAAGCUUCUGCGGGGGGUUACCAUAUCAAAUGGAGGGGUUCUGCCUCGGAUCCACCCAGAAUUGCUUUCCAAAAAGAGAGGAGGCCGGGUGAAGGCGGACAGCCAGGCGUCUCUCCCAGAGAAGCAGGAAGAACGCUCAAAGAACAAGAAACCAGCCAAAUCCCUCAAAAAGGUUAAAGGCAAACGUGGCCGCAAGCCAAAGAGCACAGACGAGUCUGUACCAAACUCCACAGUGGAAGACGGUCCUGGAGAUGGAUUCACCAUCCUGUCUGCAAAGAGCCUUUUCCUUGGACAAAAGCUUUCACUAACAGAGAGUGAAAUCAGCAAAAUUGGAACAAUCAAAGUGGAGGGGAUAAUUAACCCAACAAAUGCAGAGAUGGACCUCAAAGAUGGAGUGGGUAACGCCCUGGAGAAAGCUGGAGGUAGAGAGUUCCUGGAGGGAGUCAAGGAGCUGCGGAAAGCACAAGGGCCUUUGGAGGUGGCGUCAGUGGCAGUUAGCCAGGCCAGUGGGAUGGCAGCCCGCUUCAUCAUCCACUGUAACGUCCCUCAGUGGGGUUCAGACAAGUGUGAGGACCAGCUAGAGAAGACUGUGAAGAACUGCCUCUCAGCUGCAGAGGAGAAGAAGCUCAAGUCUGUGGCUUUCCCUUCACUUCCAGCUGGACGGAAUGGAUUCCCAAAACAAACAGCUGCCCAGCUUAUCCUCAAGGCCAUCUCCAACCAUUUUGUGUCGUCCACCAGCUCCUCUCUGAAAAACAUUUACUUUGUUCUGUUUGACAGUGAGAGUAUUGGAAUAUACCUUCAGGAAAUGGCCAAGCUGGACGCCAAGUGAGGAUUCUUGUUUUAUGGGUCUGUUUUUUUAACUGUUGUUUGUUGCAGGUGGUGUAGAUAGGUGAUG